AUGAAGUUAUUAUUUGUGCUUAUCUUUGUAUCAUUAUAUUCAGUUGCUAAUGGUUUUCAAUGUCCAGGCGAUGGCCUCUUUUCUAAUCCAGAAAAUACACAUUCCUUCUACCAAUGUGCACACGGCAUACAUUAUUUGAUGCAAUGCCCAGCUGGGUUAGUUUGGAAUCAACAAAUUCAAGUUUGCGAUUGGAACACUCAUAAACCAACAAUCAAUUGUGAUUAUGGAAAUCAAAACAACUGUCGUGCAACGGCUGAAUGGUCAACACAAGGAACUCCCAUUGUUGGUACCGACAGGCAAUUCGGAUCUGAUGCCUUUCAUUUAGGUUCACCAUUCGGUUUAUUUGUUGAUCGUGAACGUAAUAAUGUUUAUAUUGCUGACACUGAAAAUCAUCGAGUUCAGAAGUUCAAUCUCAAAGCCAUCGGCGGUGCGGGGACUACUGUUGCGGGUGGCAAUGGUCGAGGCAGUGGAUCCAAUCAAUUAAAUAUGCCGUGGGCCGUUUAUGUUGAUAAAAAUGAAAAUGUGUAUGUAGCGGAUACCGAUAAUUCUCGCGUUCAAAUGUGGGCAAAAGGUGCGACCAGUGGAGUAAUAGUAGCUGGAGGAAAUGGUAAAGGAAAAGGUCUAAAUCAGAUAGGUGCUUGUUAG